CAGCACAGGGAACUAAGCAUGUCCAUUCGUCGUACGAUAGAGAAUAACGACGAGGCCGGUAUCAGACCAAGCAAAACCUACCAAUCAUUUGUUGCGGCUGCCGGGGGUCACCGCGAGUUAAAUUUCAUCGAAAAGGACGUGAGGAAUUACAUUACCAGGGAAGUGCGGAAUGUUUCCGAACAAGAAGAUGCAAAGGAAUUCGGGAAAUAUUUGUUAAGGAUGAAAGAGAAGAAUCCGAAUUUCUUUUUUGAGCUCGAACUCGAGGAGGAUCAAUCGAUUAAGCUGGCCUUUUGGGCCGAUGCAAGAAGCAGAGCCGCCUGUGAGUAUUUCGGAGACGUCAUUUCAUUCGACACCACCUACAAUACAAACAGGUAUAAUUUGGUCUGUGGUUCUUUUGUCGGGGUGAAUCACCACGGUCAGUCAACACUUCUCGGAUGCUCUUUGAUGAAGAACGAAGAAAUUGAUUCAUUCAAAUGGUUAUUUCAAUGCUGGCUUCGUUGCAUGGGAGGAAACGCUCCGAAAGGUUUUCUCACUGAUCAGUGCGCAUCAAUGAAAAGGGCUCUAGAGGCCUGCUAUUCAGUAUACGAAGUCGGAGAACAAGUUUCCAGCUCAAUAUUCGACAAGUUCGCGGUUACCUACGACUCAGUUGCAGCCGAGAUAAACCUGUUUGAUGCUGCAUCAGCGGCGCAUUCAAGUUGCAGCCAAUAUCAGGGACAAGUUAUAAAUUAUCAGUUCAGGGUACCAGCAGCAGCGGAUAACUCUUUGGGUGUAUAG